ACUCAUUUCCAUGGAAAUCGCUACAUUUGCGGUGAAUUCGAUACACGUGAUUGGUUGAUGGGUUUAUUUGGCGAGCGUGGACGUCCGACUUGAAACUCAGCGGUACUAUUUCCGUAACGAUACGUACGAUCGUUAGAAUAUUCUUUUUUCUUCCCCAAAGUUGAGUUGAUUUGAUCGGACUUUUCUGCUUGAUGCGUGUGUGUUCGCCUCCCGUGUCCCCAUUCAACCCCGCUUGGUGGCAGCGCCAUUGAAAUCAUAUGUAUAGUUGGUAAAGUGCACCAAAGUUACCGAUCGAAGCCCGCCUAGUACACUUCAGUGGAAACAAGUCUGAUCUCCGACAACGGUCACUGGCAGCAUGUACGCCGGUCGCAAAAGGAGACGACCUGUUAAACGGGUACCUCGGAAUCUGGACAACGAAGUAAAAUCGAACCCCAGUAAAAGACAUCGAGACCGGCUCAAUAAAGAACUCGACAACUUGGCAGCGCUCCUACCGUUUGACGAGGACGUAAUUUCCAAAUUGGACAAAUUGUCAAUAUUACGACUAAGUGUUAGCUACCUACGAAACAAGAGCUUCUUCCAAUCUGUAAUUAGUGGCAAUGGUGUUAGUAACAAAGCUAUUACAGUGGAUGAUUGCUAUGGCAACCAGACCAAAGUACCUCCCAUCAGUACUCAACCUCAGAACAGAUCAUGUCUGGACGGUGAAGGAGAGCUAUUACUACAAGCGCUGAACGGAUUCAUGAUAGUCGUAUCUUCGGAUGGCAUUAUAUUUUACGCAUCUCCUACGAUUUAUGACUUCCUGGGGUUCCAUCAGAGUGAUGUAAUGAAUCAGAGUGUAUUUGAGAUAAUCCAUACCGAAGACCGAAAUGAGUUUCGUCGACAGCUGGGUGACCUUACAAUUACUUCUGACCAAUCAGGAGCCAAUCAAGUUAUCACUCCUGGUGACUCACUUCCUGCACAAGAUAUGUCUAAUAAUGCAAUAAGAAAUUUUGUCACAAGAUUUCGCUGUCUGCUUGACAACUCUUCAGGAUUUCUGGCACUACAUUUCACGGGUAAACUCAGACCCUUAUAUGGUCAGAAUCAUCGCCAUGACGACAGUGGUGUGAUGUUACCAGACAAUACCAUGGCGUUGUUCACUAUAGCAUGUCCAUUACAGCCGCCGUCUAUUAUCGAAAUACACACCAGAAAUAUUAUAUUUCGUUCAAAACAUAAACUUGAUUUUAAACCUCUCAGCAUGGACCCAAGGGGACUUGAAUAUCUUGGAUAUAACGAUAAAGAUAUGGCAAGUGCUGAGAAAGGGUACAAUAUGGUACAUUUUGAAGACCUACUCUACUGUGCUGAACAACAUGGAAACUUAUUGAGAAAAGGAGAAACAGGAUUUAUUUAUUUCCGUUUAAUGACAAAACAUGGAUCUUGGCUUUGGGUACAGGCCAAAGGUCGAAUUAUAUUUAAAAACAGCAAGCCUGACUAUAUCAUCUCGACUCACCGUCCAAUGAGUGAAGAGGAAGGAAUGCAGCAUUACCAGCAACGAGGGAAUUAUCGCAAGUUUCCGUUUUCCGGACCUGCUGUGCUCUACGAUUGCAAUGAACCAAGACCUCCAUUCAUUCCACAAGGCAUGGACUUUCCAUAUAGCAAAGGCGUCAGCAACCCUGGAAGUGAUUGUGGAUUAAGAGGUGCGGGAGGAGUUCCCCAAGUUGAUGAUCUAAACGGGGCUUAUGUGAAUGGAUACAAUGACUGCACGGUUAAGAUGGAAAAUGUACACUUGGCUAUGGAUGCUGAUCAUGCCGCAAUGUCGGCUCCUAUGGUAACAGAUACAAUUCAUCAUCCUGUUGCUAUGACAGCAGCAGGGAUGCAGGAACAUGACUAUAGGAUGAGUGCACAAGCCUAUUAUGGAUUGAGUUAUAGUAAUGAUGGGUAUGGUUACCAUAGAAACUAUUAUGCUAAUCAACACUUUAAUCCCGGAGGCGAGCAUGAUGGGUAUCGAGACUCAUUUGAUAAAGGAAUGGAAAUGCAUAGGCUGUAUUCAUCUGAUCAGAGAAUUAUGCAAACAAGUGACAAUAUUCUGCCAACUUACUAUAUGAAUUACCCAACAUAUAGAGUGAACUCCACAGAUGAACAUGUUACCAUGGAGACAAGUAAUGGGAAACCAACACAAAAUAGUCAUGGGCUAGCCAACCCAACGCCAGCUUGCCAGUUUGAACAUUAUAACAUGGAAGAGGCUAAACCUAGUAGUUACAGACCAAACAAACAAGCCAAAACAAAAACAUUGAAAAAAACCAGCGCACAUGUUGACGGAAGGAAGGACUCAGGAAACUAUUCCUAUUCAAGUUGUUGUUUGCUGUCUUCAAGUCCAGAGGCAGAUAUCACUUUACCAAAUGCAUGUAAUUUACCAUAUAUGCAAAUCAGUGCUGCUGAUGGCAAACACUAUUACAGUACUGUGUCGACAAAGGGCAAUAUGGGAAUGAACACAGAUCCUGUGAGUACAGUGGAUUCUUGUAACGCAUACACAGAAGAGACGGUGCAGACUCCAAAUCCAUUGUUAAAUCCAUUGCCACAACCGUUGUUAUCUUUUUCUGCUCUGGCUGACACACUACUUGGAACUGAAAAAUAA